CAUAAUAAUAUUGGUGAACUGUGAGAAACAUGGAGCAAUUAGCACAGUUUGUAAACAAAUCGUUCGAGUUCAAUUUAACCAAUAAUCGCGUUAAUCAUUUGUUUAACUCAAUGACAAGUGCCCGCAUCCACAAACUAGCCGAUGCAGCAACAGCCAAAUCCAUUUUAGUGAACACAAAUCGUUUGGAUCGAAAUUCGGUGGAUAAUUGCGUCAAUGAGGAUGAGUCCAUGGAUAUUGAUAUAACCGAUGUUUCGGCGGCGGAGGACAGCAGCUAUGAGGAUGAUACGGUUGUGUCCAAACCAAUAUCGCUGGUCAAAAUUCGUUCGCUUCAACAGAAAUCAAUUGUGACUAUUUCGCCAAGUGAACACUUUCGUAAGACUGAACCUGCGCCAAAGCCCAAAAACUGGUUAAUAUCGGAUCUAUUGGAGACGGACGCACAUUCAGAAGAAAUGAAAACUUCUGCAACAAUUACAAUAAACUUAAACGAAUGUUCAAAUGACAGCAAUUCCCCAGAACUAUCGUUGCACAAGUCGGCGGCGAAUGUAUCUGAGAAAUCAAUAUCGCCAGAGCCACAAGCCAACAUCGGAGAGAAUCUAUCCCGAAUUGAAUCGUCCGGAUUGAGUAGUAAACAGCGACGAUCUCGAACAAAUUUCACACUCGAACAGCUGAACGAACUGGAGAGACUCUUCGAUGAGACCCACUAUCCAGAUGCCUUUAUGCGAGAGGAGCUGAGUCAGCGACUGGGACUGAGUGAGGCACGAGUGCAGGUUUGGUUUCAAAAUAGACGAGCAAAAUGUCGAAAACAUGAAAAUCAAAUGCACAAAGGUAUUUUACUCAGUAGCCGAAGUCCGCCGGUGGCAACGCCUCUCGAGCCUUGUCGUGUGGCGCCCUAUGUUAAUCUGGCUACCAUCCGGAAUACCAGCACAUCCAUAAUGCCGGCAGGCAGUCUGCAACAGCAGCAGCAGCAGAAUGGCAAAAGUGCCGUUAGCCUGGUUAACGGCAGCCGGGCUCCGUCGCCGUCCGCAAUUGCAACGGCUGCCGCUGAACACUUUUCCGGCAGCGUUGCAGCCGCUGCUGCAUUCUCGGCCUUCGAUCCAGCAAUUUUAUCGGCCGCUGCUCAUCAGUAUGCGGCGGCGAUUAGUAAUAGAAGUAGACCCGCCGGACUUUUCACAUUGCCACAGUAUCCGCUGCAUUUGGCCGCAUUUGCCGCCGCGCACAAGAACUCCAGCAUUGCGGAUCUGCGGAUGAAGGCCAAGAAGCACUCGGAGUCGUUGGGCCUGGAAGCGGAUAUAGUUAUUUAGUACAUACUUCAAUUGAAACUAAAUUAGGACUAGGCUAGUCGGGUGUUGUCUAUUUUAGGACAAUUCACUAUUGAAAUGAAAAACAAAA